UUUGUUGGAAGGCUUUUAAUUAGUGAUUUAAUCUCUCUUUACUUGUUAUAGAUCUGUUGAGAUUUUCUAUUUCUUCUUAAGUCAGUUUAUGUAAUUUGUAUUUCAGGAAAUUUGUCCAUUUCUUCUAGGUAAUCUGUUUAUGUAUAAUUAUUGACAGUGUUGACAUACAAUUAUUCAAAAAGUGUUCUUGUGUAAUCCUUUCUAUCUCUCUAAGGCCAGUAGUUAUGUCUCCACUUCCAUUCCUGACUUUAGUUAUUUGCAUCUUCUCUCCUUUUUUUCUUAGUCAAUCUAGCUCAAGUUUUGUCAAUUUUGAACUUUUCAAAUAACCAAUUUUGUUUUCACUGAUUUUCUGUAUUUCUAUUCUGUUUCAUUUAUCUCAGUUCUAAUCUUUACACAUUCCUUCUUUCUGUUGGCUUUGUAUUUGGCUUGCUCUUCUUUUCUAAUUCCUUAAGGUGUAAACUUAGGUUAUUGGUUUGAGAUAUUCUUUUUUAAUGUAAGCAUUUACAGCUAUAAUUCUACCUCUGAACACUGCUUUCACUAUAAGUUUUGGUAUGUUGGUUUUAAUUUUCAUCCAUCACAAGGUGUUUUCUAAUUUCUCUUGUGAUUUCUUCUUUGAAGAAGAAAGCAUUAGGAAGCUUGCACGUGGAUUCUUUCAGACUCCAUGUGUGUCUUUUUCCCUUAUGAUCUGGCUAUAUAUCCUUAGUACGCCACUGUAAUAAAUCUUAGCCAUGAGUACAACUACAUGCUGAGUCCGAUUAGCUCUUCUAGUGAGUCUCUGAAUGCGAGGGUGGUCUUGGGGAUUCCCCCAGAUUGAUAUGAGGAUUAGAUUGCUUAAUACACGUAAAGCAUUUAGCACAAUACUUGGCUCAUGGUAAAUUCUCAAAAUAAGAAUAGUGAUGAUUAUAGUGACAAUGGGGAUGACCGGCACACAGCCAUGAACAGAACAGGUGCUCAAGGUCAAUCAAUCCAAUUCCCAUCCUUCCCUCUAUCCUCUCCCUCUAUAUGCACUCAUAUCUAAGCCUCAACCCAAUACCUUUAUAAUGGCAUCUCAGUGCUGGCAAGUACCUCAAGUUCAGCUUCCUGUUUGACACAGCAGAACAGUAGGGCCCAAGGAGGUAAAUUGAAAUGUCCAGGGUCAUGUCAUGAGUUGGUGACAAAGUUGAAACAAGAACCCAAGUUUGCCCUUUAAGUUCUAUACUGACUUCACUGUCACCUGGUAUAUGUGCUGCAGACUAGGAGUAAAAUAAUUAACCUGGGGCUAGGCUGUCAAGAACCAAGCUGCCAUGGAGGCAGAACCUUAAAACCCAGGAAGGAAAGGAAAAAUAAGGAACCUUGAAAGCUAGGAAGGGAAAGAAGGCAUAAAUAAGUCCAGCGCUAAAUUAAAUGAGACUAUUAUUUGAUCCAAAGGCAGAGUAAAACAAUUGCUCCCCUGCAUCUCCAUUUCGACAUUACCGUUGUUGACUUCUGGGAUGAGGCAGUGGGCAGGAAGUGGCAGGCGCUAAGGGAGCAGUCAGUAUCAUCCAGCAUUGGAACAAAGGGCAAACAAGAUGCAGGGGACAGCCAGUACAUCUGGACUAGAGAACCCCCAAAGGAGAACCCCGAUAUAGAAACCGGAGCAGGUAAAUGGAACCCUCCUAUCCGUGCACGACUGCUCAAAAUUCCGGGCCAUAUGUGAAAUGAGAAGACACCAGACCGGACCAGAGACCCGCUUGAGCCCUGUCUACAGGCCUCAAACUAUGCCCGCCCCUCCCCCGCUCACCAUGAAAUGUGCAAAUGAAGUGUUCAGGAAAGGGGCACAAAAAAAUGUUUAAGGACAGCCGAAACAAUGCUCCCGCCAGGCUUAUGAGGUAAGAACUCUCAGGAAUACGGUCCGAAGUGGUGGCUACGCUCAGCGCGCUCCUUGGAAACAGCGGCGGUGUCAGUGAAGCGGCCAGCCCUCACCCGCACGUCCUCCCCCAGACCCGCGCCCUUAAACUGACUGCUCCGCAGACAAACCGACAGACACAUAGUGCGUCGGUGCGAAGCCUAACCGACCGACGGACAGAGGGCGCCUCGGCACAGCGAAUUGACCGCAGCACCCGCCUAGAGACACCGUGGGGGAGGCUGCAGGGGCGGAAGUGCGUCACCGCCUUUCCGGCCGUCGAACCCGUUGCCCGCUCUAGCGCGCCCGCUCUAGCACGCCCGGAGGCCGUCUCUGCGUGUCGUUGGUCCUUCCGAGCCUCUCAGUCCCACUUGGAACUCUGUGCCAACCCUCCCACGGAGCUGCGGCCCUGAUUGGGAAGGAUGAGGCGUGCCGCAGGGCUGCCGGGGCUCGCUCUGGGUCGCUGGCCACUCGGGAGGGUUGGCCGGACAGCCGCAUAGGCCGAUUUCCCCGGGGCAAGCUAGCCUCCGCCCGGUGAGAGCCAGUAAAGACUGCCCCAGCAUCAGGCCCUGCUCAGAGCAGUGCAGCGCAAUAGGUCAGAGCUCCAAUUCGCCCUGAGCCGGCCGAGCCUGCGCUGUGCUGAAAACGCUUCCCCCUCCUCCAAGCCCUCCAGCCACAUUGGCGCCAGAGUGGAUCUGGACCCGUUCCUUGAACGGCCUGCCACCUACACUGAGCAGCACGUCCCGCAUGCUCCCCGACCUCCACGUCUAGCCCCACCACCACACAGCAGGCGCCGACCUGGCUUUGUCUUCCUCCAGGCUUCCACUUAAUUACCACCUAAUCAGUGUGGCUUUCCUGACUCCCCACCCCACUUCCCUCUCUGCUCCUCUCACUUGCAACACUUAUAACAAUUGUAAUUAGAGCGUUGUUUAGGCAGUGAUUUCAUAUAUUUUCCCCUUCCUUAGACCAUACACUCCAAUAGGGCAAGGGACCGUGUCUCUCUGAUUCGAGGUUGGUUAUAGCAGCAGUUCUGGCCGUAAGUGCCCAGUAAAUAUCUGUUAAUGAGUAGAUGGGGCUGUUCCAAGGAAGGAGGGAAUGAAUAAGUGUAGGUGAGAAUGAAUGUAAGGUGAUGCUGCGAUCCAUUAAAAACUGGGGAACAAAGUUCAACUCAUGGAAGUUGGCCCACAAUCUCUGACUGUAGAUUCUAAGGCGGAAGAGAUACUGACUACUUAUUGUGGUUGUCCUAAGCAAUCAGAGAGGACUUCCUGGAGGCAGAGUGUGGACAUUUCCAGCUCCCCACAAAGGGGAGCUGCACAAGGCAAAGGGAAUUCACUCUAGAGGGCAUGUGGAAAUCUGAGGAAACAGAGUCCCUAUUUGUGGGUCACUUAGGAAGUUAAAGAGUAACCUGGGGGUUAUCAGAACUAGUUGAAUCGAGACUGAACCUCACGUUAUUGCACGUAAUGGCCUUAGAGUCAAUGGCACGGCUUUCUCCUCGGGCCUGCUGGCAGGGACCUGGUCUGACACCUCACAGAAGGUCCCCAGUAAAUGGUCAGCUCACCUCACUGAAGCCCGGACAGCUGUGAGAUAAAGUCCCCACUACACUCUGAACCUACAUCCUCAUCAUGAAAUAAAGCAAUUGGUUUGAAGUCCUUAUCAUCUCUGACAUUUCAUAUUUGUAAGAUCCCCAAUCUGCCCUUGCUGGAGAAGUGUGCAAGCCAAUGGGGCCAGUAGGCCCCAGGUUCAGGGACUGGAGUCUGAACCUCUGCUUGAAGUGUCGCCAAUCUGGGAGGCUCUGAGGAUCGUUUAAAGAUGAGGAAGGGAGAGAUAUGAAACUUAGUAAGUGCUUGGUGCAUUUCUACUGAAUGAGCUAACUAAUGAAUAAAUGAAUGUAUGAGAAAAUAAAGGUGUGAAUGGUCAGUAAACCAUGCGGGUGGAGUGGGAUCAAAGAAAGCUUUGUAGACUCAUGCUGGAGCUGAAUCUGAAAAGAUCAGAGCAAAUCCUAAGCUGGUGAGGGGACUGCGACCAUAGCUAGAGGCUUCUUUCUGGGCUUCCUUCUGGUCCCACCCCUCUCCUCCCACCAGGUUGCAGCAAGUGCUAAAUCUAAGAGAACACUUUGCCCCCAGGUACUGUCUUGCCAGGGUUAUUUAAUAGAACUUACAGCUACAGGGCAAGGUCCAGGUGGACAGACCUUUUCAUCCCCAACUUGUCACAGCCUCUCAAAAGCUCUCUGGCACCCACAGAACAGUGUGUCCAGAGCUCAACCUGGAAGAGCACAGCCAUGGUGCUCUGCGGUCUGGUGCUGGGAGCCCUGCUGGUGGUCACCGUGGGGUGCCUGUGUCUGCUGGGGCUGCUCCGGCGACGCAGGCCCCAGGAGCCCCCUCUGGAUAAGGGCUCCAUACCCUGGCUGGGCCAUGCCAUGGCUUUCCGGAAGAACAUGCUUGAAUUCCUGAAGCACAUGCGGGCUAAGCAUGGAGAUGUGUUCACAGUGCAGCUAGGGGGCCAGUACUUUACCUUUGUCAUGGACCCCCUCUCCUUUGGCCCCAUCCUCAGGGAUGCACAGAGAAAACUAGACUUCGUGGAGUAUGCAGAAAAACUGGUGCUAAAGGUAUUUGGAUACCAUUCGGUGCAAGGAGACUACCGGAUGAUACACUCUGCCAGCACCAAGUACCUCAUGGGGGAUGGCUUGGAAGAUCUCAACAAAACCAUGCUGGACAGCCUGGCCCUCGUUAUGCUGGGGCCCAUGGGCCAGAGUCUGGGUUCUGGUUGCUGGCGUGAAGAUGGCCUCUUCCACUUCUGCUACAAUGUCUUGUUCAAGGCGGGGUACCUGAGCUUAUUUGGCCAUACAAAGGACCAGGAGCAGGACCUGCGACAGGCAGAGGAGUUAUUUGUCCAGUUCCGCAAGUUUGACAACAUGUUCCCCAGGUUUGUUUAUUCCUUGCUGGGGCCCCGGGAGUGGCUAGAAGUGGGCCGGCUCCAGCGUCUGUUCCACAAGACACUCUCUGUGCAGCACAACUUGGAAAAGAAUGGCAUCAGCAACUGGAUAUCCUACAUGCUUCAGUAUCUGAGGGAGCAGGGAGUAGCCCCAGCCAUGCAAGACAAGUUCAACUUCAUGAUGCUCUGGGCCUCCCAGGGGAACACGGGCCCAACCUCUUUCUGGGCCCUCUUGUUCCUGCUAAAGCACCCAGAAGCCAUGCGGGCUGUGAGGGAGGAGACCACCCAAGUCCUGGGAGAGGCCAGGCUGAAGGCCAGGCAGUCCUUUGACCUUGACAUCAGUGCCCUGCACCGCACUCCAGUGCUGGACAGUGUGAUGGAGGAGACGCUGCGGCUGCAGACUGCACCCACCCUCCUCAGGGUGGUGCACAGUGACCACGUCCUGAAGAUGGCCAAUGGACAGGAGUACCUGCUCCGAAGCGGAGACAUUGUGGCCCUCUUCCCCUAUCUUUCAGUGCACAUGGAUCCUGAAAUCCACCCGGAACCCACUGCCUUCAAGUAUGAUCGCUUCCUCAAUCCCAAUGGUAGCCGAAAAGUGCACUUCAGCAAGGCAGGCCAGAAGAUCCACCACUAUACCAUGCCGUGGGGCUCAGGUGUCUCCAUCUGCCCUGGGAGGUUCUUGGCCAUCAGUGAGAUGAAGCUCUUUGUCCUGCUCAUGGUCACAUACUUUGACCUGGAGCUUGUGGACCCUGACACACCUGUGCCACCCGUGAACCCCCAGCGCUGGGGCUUUGGCACCACCCAGCCCAGCCAUGACGUGCGCUUCCGUUACCGCCUGCGACCUACCCACUGAGCUCUGCCAAGGUGGCCGCGAGCCUGGCCUCAAGACGUCCCUUGGGGGUCUCCACCUCCUCCAGCCCUGCUGAAGGCCCACUCUUGCCUCGGAUUCUGUGGCAUCCCCUACCUCUGUCCUGGUCACCUUCCUUAGCUCUCUGACUUCUCCCAAACUUAGUUUGGGAAAUAACGUGUACCUUGACAAGUCCUGCAGUACAGAAACUGGUUAUCGUGAGUAACGCAGUGUCUUGCAAAAAUUACCCUCCAUCCCCCCACCUCACUUUAUUAUUUUCCUCAAUGCCUAUUCCACAUCCUGUGGAAUUCAGGUUCGUCCAGAGCAAUACAAGGCAAGCCAUGUGUGUAAUUUUUCAUUUCCUAGUUGACACAUUUUUAAAAAAGCAAAAAGAAACAGGUGAAGUUCAUGUUUAUAUUUAACUGAGCCUAAUAUAUCAAAAAUAUUAGCAUUUCAUUAUGUCAUCAAUAUAAGAAUAUUAGUGAAAUAAUUUUACGUUUCUUUUUCUUGUGUUGCCUUCAAAAUCUGGCGUGUACUUUUUCCCCUUGCAGCAUGUCUCAUUUCAGACCAGCCGCAUUCUAAGUACUCAACAGCCACAUGUGGCUCUUGGCUCCCGAAUUCAUAGAGCAGGUCUGGAGACAUGGUGCCUUUCAUGUAGGAGUUAUUCAAGGUCCCUGAUCUGUGCCCUUGUCCCCCCUCCACACCCCCGCCCCAGGGUGAUCUCAACCCCUCCUCUGGUUUCCACAACCAUUGCUGAGCUUGGAGCCCUCUCCUACUUCCAGACCCUCAUCCUCCCCACCGGGGUCCCACAGCCCCUCUGACUCAGUUUGGCUUACGCAGAACUCAGCAUCUGUCCCCCACCUCUGCCCUGAACCACCCCCUUCUCCGGAUUUCCCCGCCCGUCUCUGCUCAGGACACCACCACCCACCCCAUCCCCCAAGACAGAUACAGAGGAGACACCCUCACCUCCCCCACUCUCACCCACAGUCAUGCCCCAGUUCUGU